AUGGAUAACAAUGGUAGUCUGAAUACCCAUCUCCUAAUUGGAAGCUGUGAAGAUGAAAAUACCGAAAAUUUGGGAUUAAGAGAUGGGCCAAAAUGGAGGAAGAAAGAGCUCUUGAAGGAGUUGAAGAAACAAUUGAGUCUGGGUGGACCAUUGGUAAUGGCAAACUUGUUGCAGAGAUGCAUGCAGAAUGUUUCGGUUAUGUUUGUAGGGCAUCUUGGUGAGCUCCCUCUUGCUGGGGCUUCAUUGGCUACUUCCUUUGCCAACGCCGUGGGAUUCAGCGUGCUGUCUGGGAUGGCUGGUGCGCUAGAUACGUUAUGUGGACAAGCUUAUGGUGCAAAACAAUAUCACAUGAUUGGUUUACACACACAAAGGGCUCAACUUAUAUUCCUCACCAUUAGCAUUCCCAUUGCCCUUAUUCUAUAUAGUACUGAAGAGAUCCUACAAGCAGUUGGACAGGAUGUAGAGUUAUCAAAAGAAGCAGGAAUUUAUUCUAGAUGGAUGAUCCCAAGUAUCUUUGCUUACUCUCUCCUUCAAACCCUAACCAAGUUCCUCCAGACCCAAAAUAUUACCUCUCCAAUAAUGCUAACCACUGCAAUUACUACAUUGCUUCACCUCCCAAUUUGUUGGAUUUUGGUUUCUAAGUCUGGUUUAGGAAACAAGGGUGCUGCUCUAGCAAAUUCAGUCUCCUAUUUCAUGAAUGUCAUGCUACUCACAUUGUAUAUGAAGUUCUCUUCAACUUGCACGGAGACAUGGACUGGUUUCUCUAAGGAGGCUUUUCAGGACACUGCACACUUUUUUAGGAUUGCAAUUCCUUCUACCAUAAUGGGCUGCGUGGAGUGGGCCUCUUAUGAGAUAUUGAUCAUUUUGAGCGGUCUUCUUCCCAAUCCAAAACUUGAAGCAUCUAUAUUAGCAAUAUUAUUGAACACAGAGGCAAUGGUUUUCAUGAUUGCUCAAGGUCUUGGUGAUUGUAUAAGUACAAGAGUUUCAAAUGAAUUAGGUGCAGGAAAUCCAUGUCGUGCCCUUUUUGCUGUUCGGAUCGUGUUCCUCCUUAUUACACUAGAGGGCUUACUAGUUGGUGGGAUCAUAUUGUUGGUGCGCAAUGUUUGGGGUUAUUACUACAGCAAUGAACAAGAAGUUGUAGAUUACGUUUCAAGCCUUACACCAUUGCUUGCAUUUGCUAAUAUAGUGGAUGGAAUCCAAUACAUGCUUUCAAGUACAACAAGGGGUUGUGGUAGGCAAAACUUUGGAGCUCUAGCUAAUCUGGGAGGUUAUUAUGGAGUGGGUAUUCCUAUGGGCAUUAUCUUGGGCUUUAUAUUCCAUUUUGGUGCAGAGGGUCUUUGGAUGCGAAUCAUGUGCGGGAGCUUUGUGCAAGGAUUAUCACUUCUUAUUAUGAUAAUAAAUAUCGAUUGGGAGCAAGAAGUAAGUAAAAUUAUUGGGAGCAAGAAAGCACUGAAGGCAUAUCCAAAGAAGCCAAGAGCAUAUGUCGAUGAGGAUUUGGAAGAUGAGGUCAAUAUGAUCCCAGAGGCAUAA